GAGCACUUCUUGUUUCUGACAGCGGAGCGCUGCGCUUUUACGCACGGCUUUCACUGUAGUGGAGAGCAGCGUGCGAUGCAGACCGUCGCAUGUCUCCCUGUUAACCGCUGCUGACAAUGGUCCUGUUACUGGCUUUAGUUGUUAUUCUCUCGGGAGAACCAGCUCUGUGUCUGCAGGAAGAAGGAGCUUUCACUUUGGAUGGAGACAUCCGCCAGUUCGCCGUGACCACCGACACGGUUUACAUCGCCACAGAGGAGACGCUGUACCAGCUGAGCCACAGCCUGACACUGGUCCAGAGUCUGAGCCUGAGGGGGAUUUUAAAGGAGGGGAAAAGCGUGGAGGACGCGCAGUUUCACCGCGUUUCUGAGACGACUGAGCGGAACGCAACGUUUAAUGUCCACGUAUUGUUGCCAUUUGUCGCGAACAAGUCUCUGGUCAGCUGCGGUGCGAAUGACAAUGGAUGUGGAUACUGUGAAGUUCUGGACUUGAACAACAUCAAGAGAAUUAUCUAUAGCGAGAGGAUCCAGGUGGGACCAUUGAGGCGAAGCAGCGGGUCGGUCGCAUUUUUGAUGAAUAUAGUGAACGGAGGGACUUACAUUCUGACCGCGUUACGGAAAGAAGAAAGACAAUCCAAUAAGUGUAACACUGACUACAACACUGUAAACAUUUAUGAUACAAGUGAUGAACAGGGUGGAGGUAUAUUUUCAGUUACCGACAGCCAAAUCACACCUUCGAUCAGCAGUGGUGGUGAUGUGGAGUUCGUGGACGGAUUUCAGAUCAGGUCAACAGUAUAUCUGCUCUCCAACGUACAGUCAGGUCCUAGAAAUAACAAAGUCCGACUCGUUUGGCUGACAACAAAAUCCAGUAAGACUCAGACUCUGUCCUCUCUGCGCGGUGCGACUCUCGUCGUUGCUGAUGGAGCAGAAAGCAGCAGACUUGUGGCCUCCUCUGUGAUCCCGGGUGAACCGCCGGUGCUGUGGAGCGGAGUGUUCAGUGUGGACGGAGGACAAACCAACACAGAGCUGGUGGUGUUCGACAUCAGCCCCGAUCUCACAGGAGCGGUCGAUCAAGAUCCGGAUUUCUGCUUUGGAACCUGUACUGGGUCAAAGCCGACGGAUCCUCAGCCAAAGAUACUGGAGCCAAAGGCAGUUCUCCUCAGACAGAACUACAUGACCUCUGUGUUGGCGCUGAGGCAGAGGGUCUGGAUGGUUUUCUUCAUGGGGACAUCAGAUGGACAGCUCAUUAAGCUUGUUGUGGACAAGAACUACCACCCUGCAUGUUUCACAGUGCUCUACAGAGCCAACGACAACCGCCCAGUGUUUCCCAAAAUCCAUCUGGAUCAAGUGGAUCAUAAACAUGUGUAUGUGGCUUUAAGACAUCAGGUAAAGCGUGUACCUGUGUCAAACUGCAGCACAUUCACAAACCUACAGGGGUGUUUGUCUGCUCAGGAUCCAAACUGUGUGUGGUGUUCGUCUAAACGCAGCUGUGAAUUUGAAGAUGACUGCAAAGACUCAGAAUGGUUGUCUAUUCCUGAAGAUUUCCAUAACGAUCCAGUUUCCUACAAACUUGAAAGGAGCCACGUUGGCCAGCUCAAGCUGAUCGUUCAGACACACCUGACUACGAGCCAAAAGGAUCUGUCUGGCUUUGCCUGUCAGUUUGUGGGAGCAUUUGGAGAGAUGUGUGAUAGGAACAACCCUCCUCCACAGUUCCCACAAUGCACCUGCAUCCUAAGAAGUGGGACACUUCCUGAUGAAGGCCUGAAUCUCACAGUUCGGUUUAGACUUGGAACCGUGAAUUUCACAGAACAACUGAAACUAAACAACUGCUCUAACAUCAGAGGAUCACCAAGUUCUUUCUUGUGUGAGCGUUGUGUGAAGUCUGGAUGUGGUUGGAGUAAAACUGGCUGUUCCUGGGCAAAUCACGGAGAGGGAAAUGCCAGUGUUUGCCAAACCAUAAAGUCAAAGAUGAGCUUUUCUCCCCCAGAGAUCUCCUCCAUCUCUCCCAGAGUCGUGUCUUUCUACGGCAGGAACCAUGCAGUGUUGUCAGGUUACAACCUCAGUGAUGUGACCAGAGUGAGGCUUCAGAGAGACACGGCCUGUGCUGCACAAGAGUCUCCCGUGUGGAACAACACUGGUGUGAAUCUGACGUUCCACAUUCCAAGUACAGAUUAUAAAGGUGUGGUCAGUGUGUGUGUCGUUCUACCAGAUGGCAGUUGCCAUGGCAACUAUGGCAUCUCCUACCAGUCAUCACCCACCUGCAUCAGAACUGAACCAAACAGCACCUGGUUCAGUGGGAAGAGAACCAUCACACUUAUUGGAUCCCACCUAGAGUUUGUGGAAGGGGUUAUCCACAGCCACAACCCACAAGGCGUCACACUACCCAGAAGCAGCAAUUCUGGGAAUCUAACCUAUGAAACAGCUGCAGCAAAAGGCACCAAGCAGUCCUUUUUCAGCUCCGUGUCUCUAAAAUUAGCCAACGAGACCUUGGUUUGUUACACAAGCUUUAAAUACCACCCAGACCCUGAGUUCAUCACCUUCACACCCCUCAGAAAGGUGGACGAUGUUCACGUCACCAUAAAGAAAAAGAAAGAUGAGCUGGAGAUGACGACAGCAGAGUUGUCAGUGUGGGGCGUUCACAGUGGAAAACAGCACCCCUGCAUCAUGACUGGCAAAGAAACCAGCAACGACACGGAAUUUUUCCACUGUCACAUUAAGAACAUCCCUGAUGUUACAUUUCAGGAGUUGAUGAUACAUUAUGGUGACAGGACAGUGAGACUAGGGCCUCCAUCUUUGUUACCCCAGGUCCUACUUAUACUGCGUGUACUGCUGAUACUGUGUGUGUUCAUAGUGUUGGUGAUGAUCUGUCGAUGGCAGAAGAAGCUCACCACUGAGAAGAAGCUAUGAUCACUGGGUCCAACUAUUAUUAAUAAGUUUUUAUUUUAAUUUUCUUACUAAUUAGCCAUUUUUACACACCAUUAAAGAGCUCAGAGCUAGGAAUGGUGGUCACAUUAUAUGUGACUUUAACCACACCAGCCUUGACAAGUCACUUCAUUCAUCCAGUUUGUGAGCUGGGGACACUGGAUCUGAUGUAUACUAAUGUUAAGGAUGCCUACUCUUCCACUGCCCUCCCCUCUAGGAAAGUCGAUCACAAUUUGAUUAAUCUGCUGCCGUAAUACACACCUCAGGUUUAAAGGCUGCCUGCCACCAUUAAAACUGUUAAUAGGUGGAGAGAUGAGGACGGCGUUGCUCUGCAGAGCUGCUUUGAAGAAACUGACUGUGAGGCUCUGUGUGAACCUCAUGUUCUUUCAUUUCUCCAGCGCAUUCAUCACCCUCCAACCUGUGCUGCUGGGAGAUAAAUUGAAGGACAUGCAGGUUAAGCCCCCCCUGAUCUCAUGGAUCAUGGACUACCAACCAUCCCCAGUACGUCCACCUGCAGAACUGUGUGUCUGACACUGUGGUCUGCAGCACAGGAGCUCCACAGGGGACAGUCCUGUUUCCAUUCUUCUUCACCCUGUACCCCUCAGACCUCAUGUACAACUCAGAGUUCUGUCAUCUCCAGGAGGUCUCUGAUGACGCUGCUAGGACGUUUCCAGGGUGGUGACGUCACAGUAUCAGGGAGUGGUGGACAGCCACAUCCAACUGAACACCAGUAAAACAAAGGAGCUGGUGAUAUACUUUAGGAAAUCUGUGAGUGCUGUCACCCCUCUCACUAUUAAAAAGGAAGAGUUGGAGGUCAUGACCGAGUACAAAUACCUGGGAGUGUACUUGGACAAUAAACUGGACUUGUAAAAGAACUCCUUAGCUGUGUACAAGAAGGCUCAGAGCAGGUUGUACUUCCUGAGGAGGCUCAGGUCCUUUAACGUCUGGAGCUCCAUGCUGAGGAUGUUCUAUGAGUCUGUGGUGGCCAGUGUUUAAUGCUGUGGUCUGCUGGGGCAGCAGCAUGAAUGUAGCAGACAGUAACAGACUGGACAAACUGAAGAUGGAGGUGGAGCUGGACCCCCUACAUGCUGUAGCUGAGAGGAGGAUGCUGGUCAAACUCCUCUCUAUCCUAGACAACACCUCCCACCCCUACACAGUGUGCAGGUUGGACAGAGGAGCACCUUCAGCCAGAGGCUGAUCAGUAUUAGGUUCUCCACAGAACGCCACUGCAGAUCCUUCCUACCAGUGCCAUCAGUCUGUACAACUCCUCCUCUGUUUGUAAGGGUUAAUCUUCAUCCAUGCAAUAACAUGUAUAAUAACACUUGAGCUAGUAAUAGAAGUAAUUAGACAAUAGUAAUUAGACUUGAUGUGAGUGUGUGUAGAUGUGUUAGCAUUCCUAUUUUUAAUCUCCUGUCCUUGGGAAUCUCCAUCUGUGACAGCGAAGUGUGCAAAAUAAUUUCCCUCUGGGAUUAAUAAAGUCUUUUCAACCUUGAA